AUGAUUCACACUGGUGAAAAACCGUUUGAAUGUGAUAACUGUGGAAAAAGUUUUAGUCAAAAACAAGGUUUAUCUCAGCACAUGAUGAUUCACACUGGUGAAAAACCGUUUUCAUGUGGGAACUGUGGAAAAAGUUUUAGUCAAAAAUGGAAUUUAACUCAGCACCUGAUUAUUCACACUGGUGAAAAGCCGUUUUCAUGUGUGACCUGUGGAAAAAGUUUUAGUCAAAAGCAGAGUUUAACUAAGCACAUGAUGAUUCACACUGGGGAAAAACCAUUUUUAUGUGGGAACUGUGGAAAACGUUUUAUUCAUWAWCGGAAUUUAACUCGUCACAUGAUUAUUCACACCGGUGAAAAGCAAUUUUCAUGUGUGACCUGUGGAAAAUUUUUUAGUCGAAAACGGUAUUUAGCUAGCCAUAUAAUGAUUCACACAGGUGAAAAGCCAUUUUCAUGUGUGACCUGUGGAAAAAGUUUUAGUGAAAAACGGGAUUUAACUCGGCACAUGAUGAUUCACACUGGUGAAAAGCCGUUUUCAUGUGUGACCUGUGGAAAAAGUUUUUGUGAAAAACGGGAUUUAACUCGGCACAUGAUGAUUCACACUGGUGAAAAACCGUUUUCAUGUGGGAACUGUGGAAAACGUUUUAUACAUAAACAGAAUUUAACUCGUCACAUGAUUAUUCACACUGGUGAAAAAGUGAAGAGGAGGGAGCUCAGCACGCAGCCCUGCGGCGAGUCAGUGCUGAGGGUGAUGGAGGAGGAGACGGUGUUGUGGAUCCUGACAGUCGGAGGUCUGUUGGUCAGGAAGUACAGAAUCCAGUUCCCCAGUGUGGAACGCAGUCCUGGAGAGGAGAGUUUCUGCGCCAGGGUCUGUGGGAUGAUGGUGUUGAAGGCUGAGGAGAAAACCAGGAACAGCAGACGAAUUUUUAGUGACAAAUGGAAUUUAACUCAGCACAUCAGGAUUCACACUGGUGAAAAGCCGUUUUCUUGUGGAAACUGUAGAAAAAGUUUUAGAGACAAAUGGAAUUUAAUUCAGCACAUCAAGAUUCACACUGGUGAAAAGCUGUUUUCAUGUGUGAACUGUGGAAAAAGUUUUAGUCAAAAACAUCAUUUAACUCGGCACAUGAUGAUUCACACUGGUGAAAAGCCGUAGAACUAUUUUCUGUAUAUGUCCUGUGUUGAGGUUCAUCAUAAGUCAUUUAUAUAGAAAAAUGAAAUUAUACACUGGAUGGCUUUGUUGUCUACAAAGUGGGAAAAUGGUUUAAUUUUCUAAUUUGUAAAAUGCGAUCAUUUGGUUCUUGACAUUUGGAUACUUUAAGAUGUACAAUAUGAACUUGAAGGAUUGAUUUCUAUUAUUCUGAAUUGAGAGAAUGAGUGGAGUGAAUGAGAUUUACUUUAAUACAUUGUUAAUCCAAAAUAAAAUGUGCUGUUGUGCAUUAAUUGUAUAUAUUCAGUCAUUGUUUUCCACUUUUAAAUUUACUGUAUUAAAAACUUCUGUGAUAGGUUUGUCUUUAAAGCAAAACUAGACUGAAACUGAUGCUAUUAUUUGUUCCGAUUUAUAUUAACCAGUCUAUGUAAAAGUUUUUCAAAUAAAUUAACCUGCCCUUUUACUUAGAAAAUGCAAUAAUCAAUAUAAACAUAUUUUCCUUCAUUGAUUGUUCUUGAUAGUACAAAGUAUGUGAUUAUUGUCUCCAAUAACUUGGAGUGUUGCUUGUCCUAGUUGUAUAUUUUUUCUAUUUUCUGCUGUGGCUGUUUUCUAUUAAAGAUCACUAUCUUUAUUUUUAAAGUUGAAACUAAUUUAAUCUACACAUAUAGAUAUGUUUGUUUAAGUCCUUACAAAGUCAUUUGAUGACUUGCAUUUCCUUUGAAAAUGCAGUGAGUACUGAAAACUACUGCGGAAAUUUGCAUAAAUAUUUGAGUUCAAGUGCUGAAUCAUGGUUACAAAGGUAAAGUAAAAUAUAUAUUGAAUAAUUUUAGGAUUAAAGAGCAACGACUUUUAACCCAUAGUGCAGUAAUAUAAAAAUGUAUAAGCUAACAUUAGUCAAAAAGAAAACCGUUAGUGUAAGCCAACAUGAUAUUGAUAUUUAAACUAUCGUGUUGGUUAACACAACCCAUUAAAUAAGAGAGGUUUAGUUUUUAGGUAAAAAUUAGCUAAAAAUCUAAUAUUGGCUUAAAUUCUAUCAUUGCCAUGUUGCGGUAUGUUAGCAUUUAGCAUGUUGGAUAACAUUAACUCGAUGCAUUCAGUAAGUUGAGCUUAGCUUUUUUCUCCCAAUUAAACAAAAGCUAAUGUUAGCUUAAAUGCUACAUCAUGUUGGAUAACAGUAAAUGAAUCUGUUAAGUAAGGUAACUAUUUGUAACUAUUUUCUAGUCCAUGUUGCAUACUGGUCUCGCCUCUGUCAGACUAUCUGAGGGCAGCCGUCGCUACUUUCUAGUAGUUUGUGUGCUAAUGGGGAAAUGACUAAAGUACAGGCCAUUUUAUAUACAGAAAACUAGGCAAUACCUGUGGAAACCUUUCAGUUUUGAUACAUUUAACUGCUGGAUCUUAUCUAGCAAAUCACAAGU